AUGGCCCAAUUGAAAGAGCCAAUCGAUCCAAUUAUAGAGAUUCCGGUUCGCCCCAACCCUCGCCGUGCUGAGAAAUCGGCAACUAUUCGAAUCUACGUCCAAGAUGUAGCGGGGGGGCCAAACGCGACCAUAUGGGGGGUUGCAAGGGCAGAGAUCGCGGGAAAUUCCCCGACACAAUUCGGGCAAACUUGGGUUUUGGAUGACAAGUUGACUUCAAUGCCUGAAAGAAACUCUACUGAGGUGGGACGGGUUCAGGGACUUAUAACUUCAUCGGAUUUUGGGGAUUAUGUGAUCACGAUGAACUUGAACUUUUGGUUUACGGCCGGAGAGUACAACGGGAGCAGGCUUUGCAUAGUUGGGAGGAAUCCACUUAGCAAAGAAAAUCGGGAACUACCCAUUGUUGGAGGGACCAAAUUUUUCCGAAUGGCUCGAGAAUACUCUAUCUCAAAUACGUAUUCGUAUGAUCCCAUUGAGAAUUAUGCGGUUUUGGAGUACACAUUUUAUGUAUAUUAUUAA